AUGUCAAAGGACUCUAAGAAAGUGGAUCCAACCAAAUCAUUUGUUGCUGGUGCUCUGGCAGGUGCUGUUGAAGCUUCUAUAACAUAUCCAUUUGAAUUUGCGAAGACGAGGCUGCAACUGAUUGAUAAAUCUUCUAAGGCAUCGAGAAACCCAUUGGUGCUUAUAUAUAAUACAGCGAAGACACAAGGUGUCGGUGCAAUUUAUGUGGGUUGUCCCGCCUUCAUUGUUGGUAACACAGCGAAGGCAGCUACAAGAUUCCUUGGUUAUGAUACGAUCAGGAAUUUAUUAAAGGAUAAGAAGACUGGAGAAUUGAGUGGUCCCAGAGGUGUUCUUGCUGGUCUCGGGGCUGGACUACUAGAAAGUGUUGUAGCAGUAACUCCCUUUGAAGCAAUCAAAACAGUUUUGAUUGAUGAUAAACAGUCGGUACGACCAAAAUAUCAGAACAAUGGGCGUAGUAUGGCUCGUAAUUAUAUAUCACUUGUAAAAGAUGAAGGUUUUCGAGGUCUUUAUGGUGGUGUGCUACCCGUUUCGAUGAGACAAGCAGCUAAUCAAGCUGUUAGAUUGGGUUGUUAUAAUAAAAUCAAGGUGUUAGUUCAGGAUUAUACUGGUGCACCUAAGGAUAAACCUUUGACAUCUGGAUUGACAUUUAUUGUAGGUGCCUUCAGUGGUGUGGUAACAGUUUAUGCCACCAUGCCUAUCGAUACUGUAAAAACACGUAUGCAAAGUUUGACUGCAAGCAAAUACUCAUCAACUCUAAAUUGUUUCACUACGAUCUAUAAGGAGGAAGGUUUAAAGACGUUUUGGAAAGGAGCAACCCCAAGAUUAGGAAGAUUAAUUUUGAGUGGAGGUAUCGUAUUUACUAUUUAUGAAAAUGUAUUGCUUUAUUUGAGCUAG